GGAAAGGAAAAGCUCUACACCGGAAUAGUGGAGGACUGGGAGGGAAAGAGCAGCGGAUUUGGCGGAAACUGCCCUUAACCUGAGCUCGGGAAGGUGGUCGCAGGCUGUGGGAACGUCUGCUACCUAGGAGGCGACGCAGUCUAGCAGGUAGAAUUAGGCUAUUUGCUGAAGCUUCCUUCUCUGGGAACCGGGGAGAAAUUUACACUUUGCCCCUUUUUCAGCAUGGCUUUGGUCUGUAAAUUCCCAAGUGGCAGCCCGAUUCUCAGAAAGUGCCUGAAGUCGUGCAGGACCCUGCGUCCACUUCUGGGGCUUUGCACCGCAGACUAUUGUUGUGGAAGUCUUCAGAAGCCGGGCACCACUCCUGGCAGAGCCUCUGAGCAGGGGAAGCCCAAAGAGGGUUUGCAAGGCCAUGAGCAGACACAGACGGAAGUCACUUUGGAUAUCUCCUCUUCUGAAGAGAGGCCUGAAAUGGACUUCGAUAAAGCCAUUAGAGAUGAAGUAAAGAACCACCUCAAACUCCUGAAGAAUGAGUUCGUGAAUUACUGGAUAGGGCCGGAAGGCCGCCCCCUGCACGAUGUCCUGCUGGAGCAAACCAGGGUUGUCUGGCAGUUCCGAGGCAGAGAGGACUUAGACAAGUGGCUAGUGACCUCCGAUAAGGUGAUUGGAGGCAGAAGUGAAGCGUUCCUGAAAAUGGGCAAGAACAACCAAAGCGCACUGUUGUAUGGAACUCUGAGCACGGAGGCCGCUAAGGAUGGGGAGAACAGCCGGAGUGGGUACUGUGCCAUGAUAUCCAGGGUGCUCAGGGGCGCCUUUGAGAGGAGACAGAGUUAUGACUGGACCCAGUACAACAGUCUGUACCUGCGCAUUCGUGGCGACGGCCGGCCAUGGAUGGUGAACCUCCGGGAGCAGAUGGAGUUCAUCCAGAGUCAGGAACGGAUGUACAGCUACUUCAUGUACACCCGGGGCGGGCCAUACUGGCAGGAGGUCAAGAUUCCCUUCUCCAAAUUUUUCUUCACAAAUAAAGGAAGAAUUCGGGAUGCCCAGUACCAGCUUCUGCUUGACAGGAUUUCUUCUAUAGGAUUCACCUUGGCUGAUAAAGUAGAUGGUCCAUUCUUCCUGGAAAUAGAUUUUAUUGGUGUGUUUACUGAUCCAGCCCACACAGAAGAAUUUGCUUAUGAAAAUUCUCCAGUGCUUAACCCAAGGCUUUUUAGAUGAGGAAGAACAUACUGCAGUUUAUUGUUAAACUAAGAGUAGUAGUAGCCUCUGUGAUACAGACAAAAAAAAAAAGUGUUUUGUUUUAUGGUGCUGGGAUAGAACCCAGGACUUCCUAAAUGGUAGGCAAGGACUGUACAACUGAGAUACAGCCCAGCCCAAAAUAAACCCUACUGGUGUCCAA